GCACAGCACAUUAAAUCCUGACUGCACUUGAGGAACACACACAGCUGCACUGAGCUGCCUGAGCAUUCAUGACAGCGCCCGCAGUGAAAUCAUGGUGCUUGGCAUUGCUAAGCUGCAGCAUGCUGCUCUCCCCCACCGUGACUGCGUACUCAGCUGACUCAGACAAGGGCAGAAGGAAAGUAGUGCAUGUGCUGGAGGAUGAUACUGGAGCAGUGAUAGUACAGACAGCUCCAGGUAAAGUAGUCACACAUCGAGGUGGCACCAUCACUCUGCCUUGUCGCUACCAUCAUGAGCCCGAGAGUGUGGAUCCAGACCGCAUACGUAUCAAAUGGACCAAGGUGACAGACAAGUUCCAGUUUGAGGAUGUGUUUGUGGCACUGGGCCGGCAGCAGCGGACAUUUGGGCUGUACCGAGGGCGUGUGGAACUGGAGCAAGCAGGACCGGGCGAUGCCUCCAUCAUCAUCCACAACGUCACGCUGCAGGACUACGGUCGCUAUGAGUGCGAGGUCACCAACGACAUGGAAGAUGACACAGGAUUUGUCAAUUUAGACCUUGAAGGUGUUGUCUUUCCGUACUACCCUCGACUGGGCCGCUACAAGCUAAACUAUUAUGAAGCUGAAGAGGCGUGCAAGCAACAGGAUGCCAUCUUGGCCUCUCAUGCCCAACUGCACAAAGCCUGGCGGGACGGUUUAGACUGGUGCAAUGCAGGCUGGUUGGAGGAUGGCUCAGUGCAGUAUCCCAUCUCUCAUCCUCGUGAUCAGUGUGGCCGUAGAGACACUCCUGCUGGAGUUCGCAACUAUGGCUACCGCCACAAAGAGGAUGAGCGGUACGAUGCCUUCUGCUUCACCUCGAAACUCAAUGGCAAGGUGUACUUCCUCAAGCGCUUCAAGAAGGUAAAUUAUGCUGAGGCAGUGAAGGCGUGUCAGCGUGAUGGUGCAGCGGUGGCAAAGGUGGGCCAGCUCUACGCAGCUUGGAAGUUCCAGCUGCUGGACCGCUGUGAUGCAGGCUGGGUGGAUGAUGGCAGCGUGCGUUACCCCAUUGUCAACCCUCGUGCUCGCUGCGGUGGCUCUGAUCCCGGUGUCCGAACCCUUGGCUUCCCUGAUAAAAAGUUUCGCCUCUACGGGAUCUACUGCUUCCGCAAGGAUUCAGGCAGCACCAAAGCCCAGCCCUCACAGGCUCCAGUGCCAAACACCACAUCAUUCAUCAGGAGCAUUUGAGGUUGCAGUUGCACUGCAUUAUUAGCACAGCUUCCGUAACUUUGCCAAAUUGACUGACAAAUAAUGCUAUAUUAGUAGCUAUGCUAG